AUUGAUAUAAUUUUACUUUGAAAAACAAAUUUUACUGUUAUUGCAUAAAUAUAAAACGCAGUUUUUAAAUAUGUGUUGAAUACCUACAAUGGAGAAGACUAUUCGUAAAAGUGACAGUGACAUCAUUAAAUGAGGUUAUGUUUAUGUAUUGAAAUUUCAAAAUAUUUUUCUCACAUUUUAUUUUCUCAUAUAAACAAAAAUAAAUGGGCAAAUCAAAGAAAUCUAAAAAAUCUAAGAGGUAUUCCAGCUCUGAUUCUGAAGAUGAAUGGGUAGAAAAAGAAGUUGUCGAAUCAAAAAAGAAAAAAUCCAAGCACAAAAAGAAAAAGAGUAGUUAUAGCUCCUCAUCAGAUUCACAAUCUAGCUCAGAUGAAGGGUAUAUGAAAAAGAAGAGCAAAAAGAAUAAAAAUUAUGAAUAUAGUUCCAGCAGUGAUUCUUCUGAUGGAGAUAGGAGUAGCAAAUAUAAAAGAAGUUCUUAUAGGUCUAGAUCUAGAAGUCCUCCUUAUAAGUCCAAUAUGGAAUCCCAAGAAAGUAAGCUACAAAAACAAGAAUCGAGUGCACAAAGAGAAGAAUGGAUGAACAUUCAAACUAAAUUUUUAACAUCAUCUAAUUCUGAUCGAAAAAAGGAAAGGGAUGAGCAGAAGAGGUUAGAAAGGGAAAAACAGCAGUAUGAUCCAAGGAGCUGUGAUAGGGAACUGAAUCCCUACUGGAAACAUGGUGGAGAUGGUUUGCCAGGAUUUAAAAAACCAGCACUUUCAGAUGAUGAAGAUUCAGAUAGAAGGCACAGAUCAUCAGGUUACAGGUCUCAGUUGCCAAGCACGGGUAGUUCCAGUUGGAGAAAGAAGCAAGAUAGUGAUAGUAAAUCCACUAGACCAUCCAGUAGUACAUCUAAUUGGAAGAAAAAGAAGGAUUCUGAAGAAUCAAAAACAAGUAACACCAUAGAUUCACCAAGCAUUAAACAUGUUCCAGAUACUAAAGAAGUGACUAAAGAGGUUCCAGAAACUGUUGAGUACACAGAAAAAGAUUUGAAUGCUCUAGCAGCAAAAUUAGUUAAAGCCGAAAUAAUGGGAAACCAGAAACAAAUCACAGAACUUAAAGAAAAGUUAGAACAAGCAAGAAAGUCAGUGCAACAAAAGGGAGCAGGGGAUGAAGAAGUUUUACUUACACAAACUGAUUCUAGAGGCCAAUCUAAGCCUUUGAGAUUACAAUCAGAAUAUGGAGAGGCCAGUAAUUCUAGAAAGAAAAAGAAAACUGAAACACAUAGGGACAAUCAAAGAGUAAGGUAUUUUGCUGAUGAUGAUAAAUACUCAUUGAAAGAAAUGUUUGAGAAUGAGAAAUACCAAGCUGGAGCUGACCAAGACAAAGAAUUCAUCAAAGCUUAUAGUAAAAUAAAAAAGAAUGAUGAUUUAGAUGAUAUAUUUUCAGACAAUAUCAGAGAGAAACAAUCAGAUUCGAAGACUGAUGAGAAAAAUAGGAGUAAAGCUAUCCAAGACCAUAAAAAAGUGUCCAAGAGUUUAGACAACUGUGAUAGAUGUAUUCAGUCAGAGUGUAUGCUGAAGCAUUUAAUGAUAUCCAUGGGAGAUACUCUAUAUCUGGCUCUUCCAUCAUUUGAACCAUUAACAGAAGGCCAUUGCCUUAUAGUUCCAAUAAGGCAUACUCCAUGUGCUACUCAGUUAGAUGAAAAUGAAUGGUCAGAUAUCCUUGAUGUAAGGAAAGCUCUUGUAAGGCUUUUUAAAGAACAAGACGAAGAUGUUAUAUUCUUUGAAUCUGCUAAAGGUUUACAUAGAUUUCCCCAUAUGGUAAUAGAGUGUAUACCAGUACCCAAAGAAGAGGGUGACUUAGCUCCAAUUUACUUCAAGAAAGCCAUUGAUGAAUCAGAAAUAGAGUGGGCACAAAACAAGAAAUUGGUAUCAUUAAAGGGUAGGGAUGUAAGAAAAGCUAUUCCAAAAGGUUUGUCCUAUUUUUCAGUUUCUUUUGGCAUGGAAGAAGGUUUUGCUCAUGUUAUUGAAGAUGAGCAACUGUUUCCUGAUAAUUUUGCACAGGAAAUUAUUGGAGGAAUGCUGGAUGUACACCAUAGCAAGUGGAGGAAACCUAAAAACCAAAAAUUCGAAGAACAAAGUAAGAGAGUUAUGGAAUUUUCAAAGAAAUGGAAGGACUUUGAUUGCUUGGCGAAUUAUUGAUUAAAAUAAAUAGAAGCUGGGUUUGCUGCAGUUCAAUCUGCAGAGAAUGAAUGUUAGAUUUUUUGUAUAUAUUUCCUUCUUCCAUC